AUGCCAUUUGCGAUACCUUCCUGCCUGCCCUCCUAUCAAACCCGUGGCUCUCGAGUCAACUCCCCUUUCGUCCACUCGACGCAGUCUUCACCCCUUCGGCUCUCUUCACAGCAUGCCUGCGGAACGCACCCGAAAGUCAAAGCGCUCCUCCAAGCAAGGUAUGAUAAGCCCCCCAUCCUCUCGCGCCCAGAGCAUUCCACUGACGACCCACCCGCAGACGAUCAAGUGACGCAGGAGCCCAACGCGUCGCCGCCCCAGACGAUCUCGUUUGCCACCAACCUGACGCCUGGGACGUUCAACCAGCCUGCUUCCCGCGCAAAGCGUGUGGCGGAGCGCAGACUCUUCCCUACUCCGCCUCCCUCGUCUACCGCUUCCCAAACAGGGAAACGGCGGAACACCCACGCAAAGAAGAAGCCUGAGGAUCACAUCCCCCGCCCUCCGAACGCUUUCAUUCUUUUUCGCUCGGCGUUCAUCAGGAAUAACCACAUCACCACAGACAUUGAGACUGACCAUAGCACCUUGUCGAAGAUCAUUGGGCUUACCUGGCGCAAACUCCCGCAAGCGGAACGAGAUGCAUGGUUUGAUGAUGCCAGGGAGAAACUUGAGGAACAUAUGGUCAAGCACCCCAACUAUGUGUUCAGGCCCGUUCACGACAAGGAGAAGGCGAGCGAAAAGCGUAAAGUCCGAGAGGUAGGCCUCAAAGACACGAAACGCUGCACCAAGAUCGCCGACCUCCUUAUUGAUGGCAAGAGGGGCGCUGAGCUUGGCGCAGCGGUCCACGAAUUCGAUCGCCACCACGUCCCAGAGGUAGUAACGCGAUUCGAAGCGCCGCUCACCGCUCGUGCCUAUCGUCGAUCUGUGUCUGAGCCCGCAGCAGAUGAGCCUUCGUCGGGCUUUGUUGUCCCGCUGCCGUCUGGCAAGUCUGGCAAGGCCCGUGCGUCCACGGCGCAGCCGGAAAUGCGCAUCGCCACAGCCUCCCCACAGUGGUCCGAACCAUCGCUCUUCGAGAGCGAAUCUUUCAGUCAGAGCGACGCCUAUAGCUCUCCUUCCACUCCCUUCACCACGUCACAGGACAUCUACACGGGAUCUCCGUCCACCUCUCCUUUUGACUUUGGCACAUUCACUUUCCAGGAGUGCACGUCGGCGUCGGGCGAGUCUUAUGACCCUCUACACCUACGCCCCGUCCCUUUCUGGCGUCGAACCGUCUCUUUCGGUCGACACAUCUUGCAUGGGAAUGGGCGGCUGGACGUCUUCACCCUCUCCUAUCUCGUCGAGCAUGCCGGGUACGCCUGGUUCGCAUGA